AUGCUCCAAACAGUGUCAAUUUGUGUCCUACUCUUGGCCAUCGGGUGCACCUUGGCCAAGCAUGUGGAGUUGCCGGCUCCAUACAAAGAUCACUGUAUUUUGGAUGAUAAGACCAAUUUGUAUGAUCCAUCCAAGCAAUUUGAUAUUCCGUGGUUCGAUGUGAAUCUGGAUGCUCCACCAUCGGAACGCUGGAAGCAGAUCGGAGCCGCUUACAAAGUGCAGAUCAAAGAGCUGAUUGGAGUGCUGAUUGAGCUUAUCACUCCGAUUUUCCCAAAUGCCGUCGAUUGGGCAGACGACGUGUUCGGAGAGAUGGCACCAAAGCUUGCUCAGCCUUAUCGUGACGAGAUCUACAGUAUCUCGGAAGUCACUGGAAUUCCAUUGGGACAAAUCACAAUGUACAACAUCUUCUACGAGAUUUUCACUGUUUGCACUUCGAUCAUUGCUCAGGAUAAGGAUGGACAUUUGACACACGCUAGAAAUCUGGAUUUCGGACUUUUCAUGGGUUGGGAUCCAGAACUCCACGAUUGGCAAAUCUCCCAGAAGCUCCGUAAGAUGAUCAUCAAUGUCAACUGGAUUAAGGACGGAAAAUUGCUCUUCAAAUCCAACAAUUUCGCUGGAUACAUUGGAAUUUACAAUGGAUUGAAACCCAAUGCAUUCUCUCUGACCGCUGAUGAUCGAUUCCAGCUGGUUGGCGGGUAUUACGGUAUCUUCAAGUGGUUGUUCGGAUUGGAAGCCGAUGGAAAAUGGAUGUCGUGGUUGGCAAGAGAGACUUUGGAGCAGAAGACUACCUAUUUGGAUGCCAAGGAGCACUUGAUGAACACCCCAAUGCUCUCGCCAGUUUAUUACAUUUUGGGAGGAUCCAAGAAGAACGAGGGAUGCAUCAUUGCUCGUUCGCUCAACGGAACCGCCCUUCUCACUGAAUUGGCUGACGCUAAGAAUGGAUGGUACCUUUUGGAGACCAAUUAUGAUCAGGGACAAGAGGAUUUGUACUUGGACGAUCGUGACACGCCAGGAGACCGUUGUAUGGACAAAUUGAGCCAAAAGAACGCGGGAUUCCAAGGAGUAUUCAAUGUUCUCUCAUCGAGAACCAAUUUGAAUAAACUGACAACGUAUACUGUACUCAUGUCUGUCGAAACCGCCCGUUUCGAAACGAUCCUUCAAUCGUGUCCCGGCGAAUGCUAUCCAUGGUAG